AUGGAUCAAGAUAUUGUCAAUGCUAUGGGAUUUCUUGCUCUUACAAAGCAAAGAUUACAAAAUAUGAGGGAUAAUGAAUUCGAAUCAUUAAUGGAUGAUGUCUCUUCUUUUGGUGAUAAACAUGAUAUAGUCAUUCCGGAGAUGGAUGCUAGCUACUUUCCUGGGAAGUCAAAGCGUAAAGCUCUUGAUGUUACAUAUUCUCAUCAUUUGUGUGUUGAAAUAUUUUAUGCUAUUAUUGAUUUGCAUCUUCAAGAGCUUAAUAAUCGUUUUGAUGCUGUGAGUACAGACUUACUUCUCGGUAUGGCUAGUUUGAAUCUAGUUAAUUCAUUUGGUAGUUUUGAUAAGGGCAAGAAAAUGAGGUUGGCUGAAUAUUAUAUGAAUGAGUUUGACAACAACAAGCUUCAGGAUCUUAGUUUUCAGCUUGAUAGCUUUAUAGUUUAUGUCUGUGGUUCUGACAAGAGGUUCUUCAACUUGAAAGGAAUUAGUGAUCUUGCUAAAGUAUUGGUCAAGUCAGAUUUGCAUCAAAUUUGGCCACUUGUUUAUUUGCUUAUCAAGUUGACUCUCAUUCUUCCCGUUGCUACUGCUUCUGUGGAACGAGCUUUCUCAUCCAUGAAGUAUAUUAAAAAUGAACUUCGCAAUAGUAUUGGUGAUGAAUUUUUGAAUGGUUGUUUAGUUUGCUAUGUAGAGCGUAAGAUAUUCGCAAAUGUAAGCAAUGAUGCUAUUAAUUUAUCGUUUUCAACAUAUGAAAAGUCGUCGAGCACAAUUAUAACUUUUAAGACUAGAAGUCUCUUUUUGUAA